AUGGCUUCAAUUAGAAAAUAUGUAGAUAUCGGUGCAAACUUGACUGAUCUUAUGUAUCAAGGACAGUAUCAUGGGUCAAAAAAACACGAGCCUGACUUAGAUGUGGUGCUUGCUCGGAGCUGGGAAGGUGGUUUGCAGAAAAUGAUUAUUACUGGUGGCAACUUGAAUGACAGUAAAACAGCAAUACAAUUAUCACAAACUGAUUCCAGGUUAUUUGCAACAGUAGGCUGCCAUCCAACCAGGUGUAAUGACUUUGUUGAAAAUCCUGAGGAAUAUCUUCAGAGUCUCAGAACUCUUAUAGCAGAGAACAGGAAUAAAGUAGUUGCAAUUGGUGAAUGUGGGCUUGACUAUGAUAGAUUGACAUUCUGCACUAAGGAAAUUCAGCUAAAGUAUUUUGAAUAUCAGUUGCAGCUAAGCCGUGAGUUUGGACUGCCGCUGUUUCUGCACUGCCGUGCUGCUGCCGACGACUUGGUGGAGAUCUUGAAGCGCAACACAGACAGUGUCGUUGGAGGCGUGGUGCACUCUUUCGAUGGAGACGAACAGAGUCUACACAGUAUACUCGAGCUAGGAUUGUACAUAGGUAUCAAUGGAUGUUCCUUAAGGACCGAAGAAAGUUUAAAUGUGGUUACAAAAAUACCACGAGACAGACUUAUGGUUGAGACAGACUGUCCUUGGUGUGAAGUGAAGCCUACUCACCCUGGCUACACCCAUGUGGUGACCAAAUUCCCUUCAGUGAAGAAAGAGAAAUAUAUGGUGGGGUCAAGUAACCAAGUUAAAGGGAGAAACGAACCGGUGAAUAUCAUACAAGUUCUUGAGAUACUGGCAGCGGUACGUAAGGAGAACAUUGACGAAUUGGCGGCAACUAUUUAUGACAAUACUAACAAAUUAUUUUUUAAUAAUAUAAGCUAG